AUACUUCUUGCAGUAAAGUAUUAGACCCGGCAGCAUGGAUCGUCUAGCGCUCGUGCGGAGCCCAUACCCUGGCCAGCUGAGGCCGUCACGGAGUCAUACAUAAAGCAGUUUUCGCAGUUUCCACACUUUACCGGCCAGGAAUGAGCGAUCCGACGCUUCCAAGGGAUUCUUCACCCGAGGACCAACGAUGAGUAGUGCUAGUGCUAGCGCCAGCUCCGCCAGGGCCGCGGAGGCGAAGCGGCGCGCCCGUCGCGUGCCGGAAGACCAGCGGAAACGCGGAAUCCAGAGCUGCGACCUGUGUCGAAAGAAACGCUGCAGGUGUAUCCCGGCUCCGGGAGAGGCCAACCGUUGCACGGCAUGCCUCGCGCAGGACGUCGAGUGCACGUUCACGCUCCCUCGCAAGACCCGGUUCUACGGUAACGUGGAAGAUCUUAGUGAUCGCUUCCGUUGUCUAGAGGCCAUCGUCAAAGGAGCGUUCGCCGACGAGGCUACCGACUCCGUCGCCGAUCUCAUGCGACUCGGCCAGUCCCGAGGAUACCAGAUGCCCGAUCUAUCUCACAGCACCGAAGUGCCGGCGAAGAUAGACGAGGCGUUGCGAAUACCGCGACAGUCGGAGCCUCCUAGCGAAGGAGGGUUCUCCGCAACGCAUACCAACCAAUCCACUCGCUCGGGAGCGAGGCAUAACACCCACCCCUCCGCACAACCGGAGAGUUCGCAGUCGGUAGAUAGCACGACGUGUCUCGUAACCGACACGUCCGGCAAGGAGCACUACAUAGGGCCGUCCGGGGGUCUUCAGUUUCUGGGUAAGCUAAGAAGGCUCCUCAUCUCGAGAGACCAGAGUCCCGGCGCGCAGAGCCUAGCGCCUCCCAGGGUCGCAAAGUUCACCGAAGACGACGGAGCUCAGGCACUCGAGGUCGAAGACGUCCACGAAGAUGCUCUCGACUCUAGACACGCCGACGACGUCUCCAUAUCUACCGCGCGCGACCAGCGUUCGCCUAGGAGCAUCGCCUCGUUGGAGAGCAAUCGCGCUCGGAGGCCGUCCGUUGGUAUAGAGGAGCAUUGGAAACGGCUUCCGCCGCAAGACGUGCUCGAUAGACUAUUGCAGUCAUUUUUCCAAAACGUCCACGACGACUUCGUCCUCUUCCAUCGCGGGACGUUUGAGGGUGAUUACGAAGCACAGACCCGGAGGUUCCGUCAUGCCGGGAGCCAGGAGCACGAAGAGAAAGACCUGGAUCCUGGAUUAUUGGCAUGUAUCUAUAUGAUGCUCGUAUUCGGUAGCAUGAGCGAACCGGACAUCGGCGAACCUAACCUCGAUCACAACGCGCUACGGAGGCAUUGCGUAUCGUCGGCCAGAUCCCUCCUACCGCAUCUCAUCAGCAAAUGCACGCUGUAUAACCUCCGGGCUCUGCUCCUGCUGAGCUUGUUUCUACACAACAACAACGAACGAAACGCGACCUGGAACCUUGUCGGAACGGCGACUAGGCUCGCGUUUGCCUUGGGACUUCAUCGGAGAGAUACCGAGUCCGCAUUUAACCCGAUCGAGAGGGAGAUUAGAAAACGCGUCUUCUGUACGCUGUACGGUUUCGAGCAGUUCCUAGCUACUACCCUCGGUCGACCGAGCGGCAUCAACGACCCCGACGUCGAAGUGACACCGCCACGUCCGGGGAUGUUGGACGACAGCGGCGGCGGCGGUGAUGCCGUGCUCAUUGCUUUCAGCAUACGCCUGUAUCAAAUCCUCGGCAGAAGCAGAACAAGCCAGGGAAUAGGAGAUGAUGUAGCUGCUAAAGGCUCGGCACUUCGAAGUCCGGAAGCGAUCCUUCUAGAUCUCGAGCAGUGGAGAACCGACGUUUCGAAGAAACAAUGGCUGAAUAUCCCGCCCAUAAAAACCGGCGAGCGUCUGCUGGACGACAAGGAGCCGAACCCCAUAGGCUUCGACGAUCUGAGAUCCCUACUACGGUGGCAGAGAUCGUCGUUGCGGGCGGCGUUGAUGCUGCACUUGCUGUAUCACUACACCGGCUUAUUCACGACCCGGCCGUUCCUCCUGCAGGAGCUGUCCGUCAACCAACCACCUAGCCAGGAACCAAGCCACGCGGCUAGCCGGCAGACCGCGCUCGCGGGUACUUGCCUACGCCACGCGAGCCAGAUGGCCAUGAUCAUCAUCCUGCUGGACUCUUUCGGCCUAGUCAACGGCGUGUCGGGCCUAGACGUAUUUUACGUCUACUGGGCGUCCAUGAUCCUGUCGUCAGGCAUGCUCCGGCAUCACAAUACUCCGGAGGAAUACAGGGUCCUCGAGACCUUUAGGGGGCUCGUAGCGCAGCUCCGAGCCGUGUCGGUGAGAGUGGAAAAGAGCGGCACGAUGAAUCGCUUUGCCACGCUCCUGGCUGACUUUGCUGACUACGUCAAUUAUCGGUACAUGUCGCCGAAAUUAGCGGCGGACGAAGGCCUGGAUAACCAUGCUACGGUGAACCAGGUUAAUGGGGUGGCUGGUAAUCCGCCGCUGGAUCCGACGCAAAUUGCGCCGGGUGCUUUCAUAGGCUCUCAGACGUUAGAUUCCUUCUACUGGUCUAAUGAUAUGAUACCCCUGGCACAGACUAUAGAAGGGGGAGCCGAGCUCGACGGGUUUAGCGGGUGGGCUGGGCACGUUGGCGGGGUCGACGUAGACUGGGUUACCACGUUGCCGGGUGGAGGCAUCGAUAUUUCUAUGGGAUAUGGGAGUUCGCCUGCAAGGCCUCAAUAGUGUAAAGGAUCAAAAAAACGGAUAUGGUGGACAUGUGGUAGGCAUAUGAUGGACACAUGGACGGUGGGCAUAUGGUGGAUAUAGGUUUGUAUUCAGCACAUCAAAUUUAUUGCCAUGCACUUGAAAUCCGACCAGUGGACAAUACGUCCGUACGGAGCUACCCGUGGACCACUCCAGAGUCCUUCCCACGUACCUAGUACA